CACCAUCUCGUUUGCAACGGAUACAUACUCCCUUUUCUCUCGCUUAUUUCGCUGUCCUGAGCCUCGCGAUUCCAAUAUAUCGGAUAACGGAAUCAAUCCCGAUCGCGAAUUUUUUUGACAUUUACAUCAAAUUUACAUCUUGCACAUUCUCUACUGACUACCACCACGAUGUCGCAGCCUAUUGCUCUUCUAUCCGUCUACGAUAAAACGGAUCUGCUCGAGCUUGCUCGAGGGUUCAAUGCUGCUGGGGUCCGUCUGUUCGGGUCUGGAGGAACAGCAAAGAAGAUCAGGGAUUCAGGGAUUCCUAUUGAAGAUGUUUCUGAUAUUACAAAAGCACCUGAAAUGCUAGGCGGAAGGGUCAAGACACUUCACCCGGCCGUCCAUGGAGGUAUCCUCGCACGAAACAUUCCCUCCGAUGAAAAGGAUCUUGCAGCCCAGGGCAUCUCGCCCAUCUCCAUCGUCGUCUGCAAUCUUUACCCCUUCUCUUCGACCAUCGCCCAGCCAGACUGCACCCUCGCAAACGCCGUAGAGGAGAUCGACAUCGGCGGCGUCACCCUUCUCCGUGCAGCUGCCAAGAACCACGAGCGUGUUUCGGUGCUCUCUGACCCUAAAGACUACACCGAGUUUUUGCAGGCGUGGAAGGCUGGACAGGGCGAUGUGGGACAGGCUUUCCGGAGCAAGCUGGCGUUGAAGGCUUUUGAGAUGACCGCCAGGUACGACGAAGCGAUUAGUGGGUAUUUCCGUGAGCAAUACGCUUCUGGCGAUCUACCCAAAGAGAAGCUCGCUGGUGCCGUUCAGAGGAUCCCCCUUCGUUAUGGUGCGAAUCCCCACCAAAAGCCUGCUCAAGCCUUCGUGACCGAGGGAGCGUUGCCUUUCAAAGCGCUAUGCGGAUCUCCGGGUUACAUCAACCUUCUCGACGCCUUGAAUUCUUACGCGCUGGUGAAGGAACUCCAGGAAGCCCUGAACCUCCCCGCGGCUGCGUCCUUCAAACAUGUCUCUCCUGCCGGCGCUGCUGUAGGGAUUGAACUGAACGAGACUGAAAAGAGUGUUUACGGUGUCGACGAUCUGAAAGUUCCUCUUACUACUCCGCUUGCCGCUGCUUACGCCCGGGCUAGAGGAUGUCAUCAUUCGGAGACUUUAUCCGCGCUCUCUGCUCCCUGUGAUCUCGCGACAGCCAAGAUCAUUUCACGCGAAGUUUCCGACGGUAUCAUAGCUCCGGGUUAUACUCCCGAAGCCUUGGACAUCCUCUCCAAAAAGAAGGGCGGCAAAUACUGUGUCCUCGAGGUAUGCUUCCAUCGAUCCACUUAUGAACCACCUGAAGUAGAGACCAAGCAAGUGUUCGGUAUCAGCCUACAACAGAAACGCAACACCUGCAAAAUAGACUCCAAAUUGUUCGAAAAUAUUGUCACGAAGACCAAGGAGCCGUUACCGGACCUGAUCGUUGCGACUCUCGCACUCAAAUACACCCAAUCGAACAGUGUCGCGUACGCUCUUCACGGUGCCAUUGUCGGCCUGGGAGCCGGCCAGCAGUCCCGUAUCCACUGCACUCGCUUGGCUGGUGGGAAAGCCGAUCUGUGGUGGCUCCGUCACCACCCCCGAGUCCUUUCUCUCCCAUUCAAGAAGGGUGUCAAACGCGCCGAGAAGGCUAAUGCUAUCGGACCUCUUUGUUGCUGUGGGGAGAGUCUGUUCGAAGGGAAGGUGGAGGCCCUUACUGAUGCUGAGAAGAAGGAGUGGGCUGCUAAGCUGGACGGGGUGGCUUGUUCGAGUGAUGCAUUCUUCCCCUUCCCUGAUAAUGUCCAUCGGGCCAAGAAGAGUGGAGUCAGAUACCUUGCAGCGCCUAGUGGAAGUGUCAUGGAUGAGGAAUGUAUCAAGGCAGCAGAUGAGCAUGGUCUAGUCUUUGCUCAUACGUCGUUGAGGUUGUUCCACCAUUAA